CAGAAUUAUGGAUCGAUAGAAAAUAAGAAGCAAUAGAAAAUAAAAAGUAAUAGAACGUACUCGCUGAACAAUCGCGUUGUUAAAGAGAAAAAAUGGAUUUUAAUGUAAAGAAAUUGGUUAAAGAUGCUGGUGCUGUACUGAGCAGAGUUGUACAGUUAACAGAGGAAACAUUAGGUACAUCUGAGAAAACUGAAUUAGAUGCACAUUUAGAACAUCUUGCAGAAAGAGCAAAUGCAACUAAAACAUGGACAGAAAAAGUUCUCAGCAAUAUGGAAGCUGUACUUACUCCUAAUCCAGGAAAUAGAAUUGAGGAUUUCUUUUAUGAAAAAAUCGAUAUAAAGAAACCUAAUAGGCUCAGCAAUCUUGAAUAUGUAGGCAUUGACAUGAUAGAAGCGGGAAAUCAUUUUGGAAGUGGAAUUGCCUAUGGUAGCGCUUUGAUAAAAGUAGGUCAGUGUCAACAAAAGCUGGGACAAAUUGAAAGAGAUUUUAUUGGAAUAGCGGCUAAUUGUUAUAUACAACCAUUAAGAAAGUUUCUAGAUGGGGAAAUGAAAACUGUUAUUAAAGAGAUGGCUAUUUUAGAAACCAAGAGGUUGGAUUUAGAUGCAUGCAAAAAUCGAGUAAGGAAAGCCAGAAGUAUGCUGGGUCAACAGAGUGACUCUGGCGUUUCACCCGAAGUAUUACUUGAUCAGGCAGAGAGGGAGCUGAGGGUGGCACAAUCGGAAUUUGAUCGACAGGCAGAGAUCGUGAAGCUACUUUUAGAAGGAGUAUCAAGCUCUCAAGCUGGACAUUUGCGAUGUUUACAUGAAUUUGUGGAGGCACAAGCACGUCACUAUGCACAAUGUCAUGCAACUAUGCAAGAAUUACAACGUGAGCUUGCUGGGGCACGUCAGCCGAGUCCUUUGCUAAGAGUCAACAGCGAAGAAGUGAUCGAGCUAACACCCUCACCCACUUCAUCCCAAAAUCUGCCUAUAAAUAAUUCUCUUGCUGAUUCAACCUUAUCUGGGGGUCCUUAUCACUCGACCACCUCAACAAAUCCUACUGUACAAGUGGAAAAUGGUCAAGAUCGUGCAAGAGUAGUCUGUGACUAUGAUGCUAGGGAUUCAACCGAGCUUAGUGUCAUGCAAGAUGAGGUAACCAAAUUUGUGAUUUAGGUAGAUGACAGCAUGUGUUCCAUGUAUCCAUAAACAAGGCAUGAUAUUCAUCUGAACUGUUAUACUAUAAUCAAGUUUAUCAAUAAUAAAAUAGAAGUUCCAUAUAAUACUCAAAUGGAGUGAUCUAGGAUAAUAAAUUUGUAUUGUAGCAGAAUUGGCAUAUACUUACCCCAUGCGAAAAGAUGCAUGAUAUAAUAUUAUUUUACUUUUAAAUAGAUUAAUAUAUA